AGAGACUACUGGGGAAUUACUAACCUAGCACCAAGCUUCCGUCUUCUCUCAAGGGGAGUGUGAUUCCUAGUUGCUGAAGGCAUUGUGUUAGUUGAAAAUCUAGGGGCUGCCUUGGCCACUUGCCUGUGCUCACAAAUCACCUUAGUAAGAGAGGGAGAAAUUACAGAGACCUCAGUUUUGUUUUAUUUUAUGUUGGGACUCAGGAAAUGAUUCCACAAAGCAUUGUAUUUUGACAUGUUGAGAAUUUGACCUGAUGGAGAAUGGAAGACCUCAGCGAUCUUCUCAUGGUGCCUGUCUCCUGCUACCUCUUUUUUGAGCUCCCCUGAAGCUAUUCACAGAAGCCACAAUUCUUUUCUAACACAAAACAUAGAAAUUAUGGGGUGGGGAGAUGACUCAGUAGUUAAGAACAUUCCUUCUCUUUCAGAGGAUGCAGUUUCUAUCCUUGCACACACAUUGGGUGCUCUCAACCAUCUGUAACUUCACCUCCAGGAGGAUCUACUUUUGAGGUCUUUGUGCCAUGUAAAACCUCACUACACACAUUAGGUAUGCCAUUUCAGUCUCUGUGGAGCCCAGGUUAGUCUCACUCUUCCUGACUCAUCAUCCUCAAUCUGGGAUUGAAGGUUUAAAAUCCCAGGCUACAAGCCCUUUUCAUCUGACUUGGGUUGUGAGAAUGUCGGUCAUGAGCUCUGUGAUGGAUGGUGAUGGGUAUCAACCAUAUCAUUGAGCCUCUACACUUAGAACUGACCAGACUGUGACUUACACUUGUCUAGGGUGGGCCACUAAGGUUUUUUUUUAAUCAACCCUAUUCAUUUACAUAAUCUUUUGGGUGACCUGAAACACAUGGUGUGUCUAAGCUAGAGACAUGUCUCAGUCUUACAAACGAUGGGAAAUCUAUUUUAGCACCCGCACAGGACAUAGCUCACAGUUGCCUGUAACGACAGCUUGAGGGGACCUGACACCCUUUGUACAUACAUGUGCAUACAUGCACAUACACACAUUUCCAAGUUGGGUUGCGCUAUGGCUUAGUGGCAGGUCACUUGUCUAGCAUGCUUGAGGUUUUGGAUUUUAUCCUUAACGCUGCAGUUACCCAACCAACUAAUGGGUCAGCCAGCUAAUGGGUGUGGUGUACGUUUAUCCCAACACUCACGUGUCUGAGACAGCAUUUUGAGCUUGAGGCCCGGACUAUACAGUGAGACCCUAUCUCAAAAACACAGAAACAGGGUUGUGGAUGUAGCUCAGUUAGUAGAGUUGUUGACUAGGGUGUAUAGGGCCUUGCGGCCAACUCCCAGCACCAGCACAAACUGCUCUUGGUGGUGCACACUUGUAAUCCCAGCACUUGGGUGAUGGAAGCAAGAGGAUGGAUGUUCAAGGCUGACCAUCAGGGCCAGCUCCAGCUCCACGAAACCUUGUCUCAAACAAACACUCUUAGUUCAUCAGGCUUAGAUGGCUCCAGUACUCUGGGGUCCAACAUGAGCAAACCCGAGUCCAACAUAAAUAGUAAAAACCAAAAGUUUCACAACCAGAAAUCAGGGAUCGACCUUUCACUCUUAUAACACUCAUGUGUGUUCUGCACUGCUCUCCAACCGGUGAUCUUCUCACCCCAGUGUGUACCAGUUUCGGAGACAGGGGAAUGAAGGCUUUAGGCAGGAACCACAGUCAACCUCCAUUAAAUCACAAAGGAGUUCCUGUUCUAACCCACAGCUGAGCUAUUCCCCCACGAAGUCCAAAAUAGGACAACCCAAACCAAUAGGAAGAGACAGCAUUAAACGAAGUCAGAGGCUAAACGUGGAAAACUUCAGAGCAAGCCUCGCCCAGCCCGCCUCCACACAAAGCCCUGCCUUGAGCCUAGGCACUCCUGGGGCUGUAGCAGAACAUCCCAAACUUCCCAGGACUCCGCCCAGCGCCCAGCGUGGGGCUCAGCAGCCUUGAAGGUUUAGGUUAUGCCUCAUCCCUUUAAUCCUACCAACCCCCACCCGCACACAAUCUGAUCACUCGAUGCAUGAAAUGAAAAUCUCAGUGGUUCGUCCUUUGCUGUGGGAGAGCAUAGGCCUGAAAGAGGCCCCCCCCCCCCCACGAAAAUGGGCCAAUGUAGAGCUUGAGCUAAUAAGGGGAAAAAGGGUUUGCGGGGUACCUCUGGGCCAGCCUGCCUCCCCGCAGAUCCCGGGGCGGAGUCCUCGAAAGAGCCCCCUUCGGACAUCCCGCCCCCUGCUCGGCCCCCUCCUUCUCCCACCGCGGGAGAUGCCAACUCCACCCGGCUGAGUCACGGCCUGAACUGGGGAGGAGGCGGGGAAAGGCGGCCCUAGGCCAGAUCGCAGCCAUCGGUGGCGGGGAGAGCAGGCUGGGUUGUCAGAGAUCAUGGGGGAGAGCGCGCUGGAGUCUGGGCCUGUGCCUGGGGCGCCUGCCGGGGGUCCCGUGCACGCCGUCACCGUGGUGACCUUGCUGGAGAAGCUGGCCUCCAUGCUGGAGGCGCUGCGGGAGCGGCAGGGUGGCCUGGCCGAGAGGCAAGGCGGCCUGGCAGGCUCGGUGCGCCGCAUUCAGAGCGGCCUGGGCUCAUUGAGUCGCAGCCACGACACCACCAGCAACACACUGGCGCAGCUGCUGGCCAAGGCGGAGCGCGUGGGCUCUCAUGCCGACGCAGCCCAGGAGCGGGCGCUGCACCGCGCAGCUCAGGUGCAGCGGCUGGAGGCCAACCACGGGCUGCUGGUGACGCGCGGGAAGCUGCACGUCCUGCUCUUCAAGGAGGAGACUGAAAUUCCAGCCCGCGCCUUCCAGAAAGCACCAGAACUCUUGGGCCCUGAGGACCAGUCGGUGCAGGGUCCAGAACAGCCAGAGGAUCAAGUUGGAGAGAGUUCAGAUGAGGAGCCGGUGGAGUCCCGGGCUCAGCGACUGCGACGCACCGGCUUGGAGAAGGUACAGAGCCUAAGAAGGGCCCUUUCCAGUCGUAGAGCACAACCCACACCAGUCAAGCCGCCACGCCUAGGGCCUGUCCGGAGCUCUGAAGGCCCACCAGAUGGCCAGCCUGUAGCUCAACCAGCUGCACCGGAGGAGUCCUCACUAGAGUCUGCCCUGGAGCCAGAACCUCCUCAGGCUACCAAGGAAGAUCCCGAAAGGCCUGUGCUUCAAAUCGAGAGUGCAGCCUGAUCGCUGAAGUUGCCAGCCCCACUCGGGGGGUUUAGGCCUUGUCCCAAAAUAAAUCCUUAAGGCGUGCAGCACUUACACCCAAAUAAGGAGAAAAUCCUGCAUCCACUGCCCAGUUCCGACCCUCCCUUCCUGGCCUUCCAGUCUGGUACCCUGUGUCCUCCGAAAGAGGAGCAUUCAACCUAAUUUAGUCUCACUGCAAUAAAAGUAAUUUCAUCUAA